AUGUUUAAAGGAAAAAGAGUUCAUUCUGAAUUAAUUGAUAUUUCAUUGCAUGGUACUCUCUUCAAGUUCGAUAAACAUCCAAAAUUAAAUGCCUUUGUUAGUGUUGGCAAUGAUCACGAUUUAUCAGUGUGGGACUUGGAAUCUUUGAAAUUAUUAUACAAGAAAGAAGGAAAUGAAUAUGCAAUUGCAGAUGCUCUGAUUCAUGAUGACUAUCACAUCAUUGCUUCAGUAAAUGGAACUUUAAAAAUAUAUAAAGGAGAUGAAGAACCUAAAGUAACUUAAUUACCUGAGAUUCCUCUUUCUAUAUGCGUUCAUAAGAAUCAACUAUAUGUGGGUACAACAUCUGAUAAAUUAUUAAUAUACGAUUUAGACACUGCUGAAUUAAAAUGUACUCAAAACUAAUAACCUUGGGUUACUUAAUUAAGAUCUCAUGAUGAUACAUUAUAUAUUAUGGGAAAUCAAAUAUCAUACAAUGAGAAUAUUGUGGAUAUUGGGCAUAAGGGAUAAAUAAUGCAUCACUUUAUUCUUGGAAAUAAAAUUCUAACAGGAGAUUCAAGUGGCAAAGCUAUUUUAUCUUCAUUCCCAGAAUUUACAAAGCUCUAUGAAUAUCAAAUGGAAAGUGCUGUUGUCUAACUUGCAAUUAUAGAGAAUUAGGAUCAAUUAUCCUUAAUUAUCGGUACUCUUGAUCCAGGAAUUGUUAUCAUUACAAAUGGAGAAAUUACAAAGAUUGAGGAUAGAGCUGCUCCAUUUAUAGUUUGUUCUCAAAAUAGAAUAAUUAGCAGAUCGAACAUCUUAACAAGACAAGCAUAUUGUGAUGUUUAUGAAUGA